UUGACCAUUUUCUCUUCUACAAAAUCACUCACACAUAGAAACACAACAAUGGCGUCAAAAACCCUAUCCCGAACCGGAGCGUCGCUGGUGAACCGGUUUUUGUCGAACCCGUUUCUCCGGCAGAGUCGGAACACGAAUCCGAAUCAGCGGAUCGUAUCUCAGGGCCUCGAUGUCACUCCGAAGCUAUUCCCAUCGCUCUCCAAGUUCGAAAACUCACUCCACUUGCCUCAGUACCAAAACGACGCCGAAUCGAUCCGAAAGGUCGCCUCCGAAGGCUUCGUAUACCCCUCUGGCCUCCCUUCUCUCAGCUUCUACUUGCCGGAAGGGUUUCAUGAAGGUGGAAGCCACGAGAUAAAAUAUGUCUAUUUCAAGAAAAUAAUUUCAAAUUCACAAGGCGAUAGAAUUUGGAAUUUACCAGAAAAGAGAGACAAAUGUCUGUAUUUUUAUUAAUAUGAAAAGUGCAGUGUUUUGGAGGCUACACUGAAUUUGAAUAGUAAAAAAAAAAAAAAAAA